AUGUUAGAUACGGGUAUUGCAAAUGAGAAGGACAUGGGCAUCAAUUUGUUAACUGAAGAUGUUAAUGAAUCUGGCAUUAAUGAGGAUGGUGUUGAGAAAUCUGAAAGGAACUCUCAAGGGGAUUCAUGGUGGGAAACAUGGUGGGAAAGUUACGAUGCGAAAGGGUCGACCGAAAAAGGAGCAAAUAAGUAUGGUAGACUAAAUGAGCAGUCAUGGUGGGAAAAGUGGGGAGAGCAUUAUGAUGGAAGGGGAUCCGUUCUAAAAUGGACAGACAAAUGGGCUGAGACUAAAAUUGGGACGAAAUGGGGAGACAAAUGGGAGGAGAAGUUUUUUGGUGGUGUUGGAUCUCGUCAAGGAGAGACAUGGCAUGUCACACCUGCUGGUGAACGAUGGUCAAGGACAUGGGGUGAAGAACACUUUGGGAACAAGGCGGAACCUUACUAUGGAUGGGCUGAUGUAGUUGGUGACUCGACUCAAUUGCUAUCCAUACAACCUCAAGAGAAAUCGCUAGGUGGCUAUCCCUAUCCUGACUUCAGAUCCUUUCCACCGCCACCUCAAGGCAGAGAUCCGCCAUCGAUGCCGCCAAGAAAUCAAUGA